UAUAAUAUUAAUUGGUCCCAUUUGUUCAAUGAAUCAUUGGAGCCAAUAUAUACGAUUGGUAAUACGGAUGUUCGAAAUGUUCGGCAAUCAAAAGAUGAGCAAAGCCUAUUUAAAUCAACAUUUACCAAUACAACUCAACGUGAACAGGAAUAUUCAUUUAAAACAGAACGUUCAACACGUAGUGCUGCAACGGUAAUAGUCGAGAAAGGUGUAUCUCGUGGAAUUGAAAUGGCAUUGAAAUUAAAAACUCCAGGUGAAGUAGUGGAAGCUAAUGCUGGAUUUAAUACCGAAUUAAUGGUGAUGAAUAUUGGCGAAAAUACAAUUGAGGAGGAGCUUGUAUGGGGUGUGGAUAGCACCGUUCGGGUACCACCACUUUCGGAAACUGUUGCAGAAUUGAUCAUUUUAGAAGAUCAUCAAACUAGGCUUGUUGUUUCAUACACAACGAAAGGGAUAUGCAAAUUUAAGUAUGGUGUGGAGCAAAAGGUUAAAAUAACGGAACACUCCGUACGCAAAUACUGA